AUGUAUAGGUAUAAUAAAUAUGCCCAUUUAGGUGGACAGUCCUACUUGCAACCUCUUCGACGCUUGACAACACUACUCGUAUCGGGUAAUCAGCUUCGUGCCAUUGGUGAACACGAUCUGCCACGAACUCUGCUGGUCCUUGCCGCUGACCACAAUCUCAUUGAAAAGAUCGACGUCAAAGCAUUCGAUGGCAUGACUCUUCACAAGCUGUUCAUCAACAACAACAAGCUGCCAUUCCUGCAUCGUCACACCUUCGACUUCCAUUUCAUUCGACACCUUGGAGGCGAUUGA